AUGCGCCACUUCGACACCUGGAUCCUCCGCGACCCCUACUCCAUCUUCCACUACUAUCCCACAGGCAAACGAUGGCCAGAAACCAUUCGCGAAUUGAUUCAAUCUCGUCAAAUAUGCAGUCCUCCAUCUACAUCCACAUCCAGCGACAACAUCAUACCAUCCGCAGCAGCAGACAGCACCUCCCAACCAACAAGCAGCUUCUUCCAACGUCUGCCCCCAGAAAUCCGCCUCAUGAUCUACGCCUACGUCUUCAACGACUCCCCCAACACCAGUCCCAGCCCCAAUGACACCACUACUACAAACACAACCAUCCACCUCGUCCAAAUCCGCAACAAAAUCCACCACGUCCGAUGCACACAUCCCUCCCCACUCGACAAACACCGACAAUGCUGUCCCCAAACCAUGGCCAGAUGGCGCACCUCUCCCACCACAAUCCCCAAACCCAUCAUCACCACCACCACCACAAACCCUCCCAAAGGGACAUCUCCAGCAAAAGCCCACGAUACAAACAGCACCCUCUACCCACACACGCACCCUUCCCUCCCCACCACCCUCUCCCACAACACCACCUCCCCCCUCCUAACCUGCCGAGCAAUGUACCUCGAAUCCGCCCCGCUCCUCUACUCCCUCACAACCAUCGACACAGACGACCUCUACACCUUCCUCUCAUUCAUCAACACCAUCUCCCCCCAUCUCCGGAAGUACAUCAAGUCCCUCACAGUGCAAUACACACCGAUCUGGCAGCCCAUGGCGGGCCAGGAAUAUCCGUUUUCAGUGUAUACACAUACGCACAAUGAUAUGCUCUGGGGUGGGUUCUGGGAUGCCGUGGCGAGGAAGUGUCCCGGGUUGGAGAGGGUCAGGUUAGGGCUGGAUUUGGGGACCGUGUUUGCGGUUAAUAACCAUGUAGGAGGAGGUGGGGGGAUGUCGGUGACCGGGGGGAAUAUGGUCAGUUUUGGGACUGAGGAGGAGUGGGUGAGGCCGUUGUUACAAGUACGGGGAUUGAAGGGGUUUGAGUUGGGGGUUAUGGUUAGGUGUGAUCGGUUGGCGAGACGGGUGUUGGAGAAUGGGUUGGUGAGAGACGUGCAGGUGCUUAGGGAGAGGUUGGUGGAGGUGAUGUGUCGGGAGAGGGUUGAUGGAGUUAUGAGUGAUGAAUGGGAGGAGGGUGUGGUGGGUGCAAGGAGGGGAAGGUUGGCUAUUAUGGCUGCUUGA